AUGGAUGACCUCCGGGGUUGUUUAAUGUUCAAGGCUCCGGGCCGGACUGGCAAUGGUUCCACUGGGGCAUGGGUGACCUCUGGGGGAACGCGACCUGAUUAUCAAGUGGCCAAAAAUUGGGACAAUGACCGUAAAUCCUCGAUUAACUUCUAUCAACCAACAUUUAAUUGGAACUCUCUGGGUGUUGCAAAUAUCAGCGGUGGGACUGUUGUUAUUGGAUCAAAAGAAGAGGCAACGUCUUCGGAUGGCAAACAUGCUUAUAAUAGCACUGAAAAUUGUCAGGAAAUCAGGUCGAUAACUCAACGUCCGGAUCAGUGA